UCGUGUUGCUUCCCGGUUCCCGGUGCUCGGUGCGGCGGCUCCGUUCACUCGUUCAUCUUUGAUCCUCCUUCUGUAUGAGACACUGAUCCAUGACGGCCAACAGCCGCCGGUCCGGUACCGAGCCUCCGGGCCUGGAGACCCAGCGGCGGGAGGUGGAGACGCUGCUGCGGGAGGGGGAGCUGCGGUCCGGGGACAGCUGGUACGUGGUGGAGCGUCACUGGUUUGAACAGUGGAAGCAGUUUGUAGAAAAUGGAGAUCAGAACUCGUCGUCGUUUCCGGGUCGAAUCGACAACAGCGAACUGUUCGAGGACCUGGACUCGUUCCACAUGAAGGAACGUCUGGUGGAGAACGAGGACUUCCUGCUGCUGCCGGCCGAGGCCUGGAACAAGCUGCUGUCCUGGUACGGCCUGGUGGAGGGGCACCCCGCCCUGGAGAGAAAGGUGGUGGACCUGCCCAGCACUCUGAAGGUGGAGGUUUAUCCUGUGGAGAUCUUCCUCUGUCUCCAUAGCAACAUGGAGAACGUCACCACGGCGCAGUUCAGCCGCACCGAUAACAUACAGGCCAUCCAGCAGCUGAUGUGUGGGUUCUUCUCGGUGGCUCCGGGGUCAGAGUGCCGUCUGUGGAUGAAGAGUUCUGACAGCAGCUGCGAGCGUCUGAGGAACGUGCACGUGAGCGUGCUCGACGCCUGCCUGAGCUCCGGCAUGACGGUGAUCAUGGAGACGAGGAAUGCAGACGGUACUUGGCCCAGCUCCAGACCUCAGAUCAUGAGGAACUCUGUGGAGGAUCAGGACUCUUACCGGGGUCAACCUGGAGUCUGUGGACUCACUAACCUGGGAAACACCUGCUUCAUGAACUCUGCCCUGCAGUGCCUCAGUAACACCCCCCCCCUGACGGAGUACUUCCUGCUGAGCUCGUACCUGGAGGAGUUGAACUUUAGUAACCCCCUGGGGAUGAAGGGGGAGAUCGCCGAGGCUUACGCUGAUGUCAUCAAACAGAUGUGGUCCGGACGCCAUUACUCCGUAGUGCCACGCGUCUUCAAGACGAAGGUGGGACACUUUGCGUCUCAGUUUCUUGGGUACCAGCAGCACGACAGCCAGGAGCUGCUCUCCUUCCUGCUGGACGGACUCCACGAGGACCUGAACCGGGUCAAGAACAAAGAGUACAUCGAGCUGAGGGACGCCGAGGGACGCCCGGACCUGGAAGUGGCGGAGGAGGCGUGGCGUAACCACCGGCGGCGGAACGACUCGGUGAUCGUGGACACGUUUCACGGCCUUUUCAAGUCCACGCUCGUCUGUCCCGAGUGCCACAAGGUGUCCGUGACCUUUGACCCCUUCUGCUACCUGAGCGUCCCACUUCCUGUCAGCAAGGAGCGCGUCAUGGAGGUCUUCUUCGUGUCUCUGGACCCGUACGCCAAACCUGUGCAGCAUCGCGUCGUCGUUCCUAAAGCAGGGAAAGUAUUGGACCUUUGCUCCGCUCUGUCAGAGAUGACCUCCAUACCUGCCACACAGAUGGUGGUAGCAGACGUGUUUAACCAUCGGUUCUAUAAGAUCUACAACGCUGACGAAGCUCUGAGCUGCAUCCUGGACCGAGACGACAUCUUUGUGUACGAGCUGAGCGUGCAGGAGGAGGAGCAGCAGCAGGAGGAGCAGCAGCAGGAGGAGGAGCAGCAGGAGGAGCAGGGGCAGGAGGAGCAGCAGGAGGAGCAGGGGCAGGUGCUGCUGGCGCUCUACCUCAGAGAGCGCUCCCACUACAGAGACUACGGCUCCGGCAGCAGCUCGUACGGGACGUCGCUGUUCGGACAUCCGCUGCUGCUCAACGUACCGAGAAACAGCUGCAGCAGAGAGAAGCUUUACCAGCUGUUCCUGCAGAGACUGGCGCGUUAUGUGCGACCUCCUGACCCUUCUGAGGAGCUGGAAGAGGAAGAGGAGGAAGAUGAUGAAGAGGAGGAGCUCUACAAGACUCAGACCAACGGCAUCAGUGAAGAUGAGGAUGACGCAGAGCGAGCCGGCCAAUCAGACGACACCGCUGAGCCCGGCCCCGCCCCCCCGCAGCCCUCAUUGGACCACGGAGACGAAGCCGCCGCCAAUAACGGUGCUGCGACGCAGAGCGAGCCCCCCGGCGACAGUAACCACAGCGACCCCGCUGCCCCCAGCAACAGUAACCCCAGCAAUGCUGCCCCCGGCGACAGUAACCCUGGCAACGCUGCCCCCGGCGACAGUAACCCUGGCAACGCUGCCGCCGCCAACAGUAACCCUGGCAACGCUGCCCCCGCCGACGGUGCCAACAGUACCGACCAAUCAGAGCCGGCAGCUGAGCGGGACACCACAGAAGAAGAAAAGGAAGAAGACAAGCAGGAAGAGGCGUGUUCUCCCAGCCCGCCGGCCAAUGAGCAGCCAGCUAAGAGGAGGGCGUGUCACAGGAAGAAGAAGUGUCUGUUCACCAUCGCCGCGGUAACCUCCAACGGGACCACAGAGAGGGGGGGCGGAGAGGGGGGCAGCGCGGUGUCCUUCAACUCUCAGAGCUUCGUUGCCAUCGACUGGGAUCCUGAGAUGAAGAAACGAUUCUACAACGAGAACGAAGCCGAGAAGUACGUGAAGCACAGCAGCAUGGAGGUUCCUCAGCAGCAGAGCAGCGUCCAGCUGCAGGAAUGCAUCCAGCUGUUCACCACGGUGGAGACUCUGGAGGAGGAGAACCCAUGGUACUGUCCGGUGUGUAAGAAGCAUCAGCUGGCCACUAAGAAGUUGGACCUGUGGUCUCUGCCGGAGGUUCUGAUCAUCCACCUGAAGCGGUUCUGCUACACCAAGUUCACCCGAGAGAAGCUCGACAGCAUCGUGGACUUCCCCCUCAGAGACCUGGACUUCUCCGACUGCCUGCUGAAGAAGAGUCUGUCCAAUGGGGAACCUCCGAGCCGCUAUGACCUCAUCGCUGUGUCCAAUCACUACGGAGGACUCAGAGACGGACAUUACACCAGCUACGCGCGCAACAAGGAUAACAGUCAGUGGUAUUACUUUGAUGACAGCAAGGUUACGUACGCUGGAGAGGACCAGAUCAUGACCAACGCUGCCUACGUGCUGUUCUAUCAUCGCCAGGAUAAGAUCAGGAAACCCACUCUGCCCGCGCCUAGCACAAGCCCCGCCUCCUCCUCGCAGGCCGCCAACGACAUCACUUCCUGCAAAGAUGAGGACGCAGAGCUGGGCGCCGCCUCCUCCGUCACCAUGGAAACGGACUGAAGGAAGCGCGGAGGCUUCAUCGGAGCCUUUCCUCUUUUUACGUCUUUUUAAGUUUUCUUCUAUGUUUUAGAUUUUUCUGAUUUUCCAGCAACACUUGAACGCCUCGCGGCAGAUUCACUGAUCUCAGUCUCAGCUGGUUCUCUAUCGGUCGGUUUAAUAAUUAAAACAAUAAAUAUAAAAAGAUUAACGUCACAUUUGUUCUUCUUCUGAUCGUUGAAGCGUUUGAAGUCUUUUAACUUCAUAAAUAUAUAAAAUAAAAUAAAACACAAAAACAUUAAAACUAAACUUUUUCUUCCUGUUAAGAAACUAAAUAAUUAUUAAUUGGACGAUUUCAUUAAAUUUAACUGUAAUUAUUUUUCAACUUUCAGAUAUUUUAAAGUUUGUUCUUCAGUUUAAAUUCAACCUUUGAAACACGGAGACCUGAUUUUAAUCGUUGACUCUCGAGGUGGAAACUGAUUUAUCGGAUUAUUUGAUUUCAACGUGAACAAAGCUGACGGUGAUUCACUCUUUGUAUAUUUUGGUUUUUUUCUCCUGGUAUUUAUUUUUGUAAGGAAUGAUUAGCGCUGAUUCGGAUCGCUGCUGCAGGACGAAGCUUAUUUUCAUAUUUAUAGAUGAUAUUUGUAUCAGACACAGAACGAGAGGCUCCGGCUCCUAACGGCUGUGUACAGUAUUUUUCUAUUGUAAGAAAUGUAUAAUUAUUAUUAUCAUUGC